AUGAGCCCCCGGCCCGUUCCCUCGUCCACAUCGCCCGAUGAGCAAGCUUCUGAAGCCAUAUCGAACUUAGGUUCGGCUAGCCGGACAGCCAGAUACGGUUCCUCUUGCAUUGCCUGUAGACGUAGGAAGCAGAAAUGCGAUGCCAAGACCCCUUCUUGCUCCCGUUGCCUGAAGCUCAAGGAGGAGUGCAUCUACGAGGGUAACAUUCGAAAUCAACCAUCUCCGCACCUAGUUCCCCUUCUUGUCAAGACUUUCGACUUCCUUCGUUCCAUCGCCUCUCCUCAAUCACAAUAUCCUGAUACAGCUGUUCGCCCCAUGAUUCAACGAUUCUUGCAUGAUCAUAAAAUCCCCAAUUUCACUGUUUCUCGAAAGAUAGCAGACGAAGGACAAGACGUCAGUAGUGACGAUCUAUUUGCUGGAAACGACGAUAGCAUCAUAAGGAGCACUAUAGAAGAGCAUCCUGUCGUUGGAGAAGAAGACAGUGCGGAAGGCAAUCCGGAGGUGGACGAGCUUCUGAUGCAUAUGAGCUUGGCGGACGAUGGUCAGAAUGGACAUUUCGGCGUUACAUCACUCUUCUAUCAAACACCUUCCGAUUCCAUUGUCGAAAGACUACAACGGCGUCUAUCCAAAUCCCAAGCUAUCACACGGAAUACUCUACAGAGGUCGAACUCGCAUCAGAACGAAGGGCAAUCGAAACUGUCCUUAGGUCAAUCGCACAGAAGGGACUCAGAUGAUGAGAUCUGGGCAACUGACGAGAAUAGCACCACGACAGGACCGGAAGAUGAAGCUGGAAUAUUGAAAGGGAAUGCGUCAAUGCUUGGAGGAUGGGAAAGUUUGGCUUACUCUAAAUUGGAGCUGGAGUCGGACGCUGCAAGCGCCAGAAUGAUAGUGCAUCUGUUGAAGACGUACUUCUGCUGGCAAUACGGUUCGCAUUGCGUUGUGUACCGUCCGGUCUUCAUUCGCGAUAUGGCUUUGGGAGGUCCGUAUUUCAACCACUUCCUGUUGAACGUCAUAUGCGCACAUGCUACCCGGUAUUCAGACUAUCACCAACAGAUGAGUGGAUUCAUGGGCGGAAACAAAAAUGGACUAUCCACCCCCGCAUUGGCCUUAGGAGCGGACUUUAUGAACCGUGCCAAGCUGCUGUUAGCUGCUGAGAUGGACAAGGACAGAGGGAAUGCGCAUGUGGUAACCUGUCGCAGGGAUGGAUGUACACAGGGUGAGUUCAUCAAGUUGAACCGGGAGCUGACAUGUAGCAUGGCGUUUCGAGCGAUGCGUGAUCUGGGCAUCCACCUUGAUUGCAAUCGUCUUCCGAUAUUUGGCUUUGGCACUAUGUCAGCGGAAGACCGGGAGAUACGACGCCGCUUGUUCUGGUCAGCUUUCACUUGGGAUAAGAUAAUUAGCUUGGCUCUCGGUCGGACUCCCACAUUCAACGCUUGGCAGAAUGCAUCACCCGGACCGAUCGUGGAUGAUACGGAAGAUGAUUCAGAGUGGAAACCGUAUUUUUGGGACGACGCUAUGCCACCCGAGCUCACUCACUAUCCUGUCCAAAAGUCGCUUAUGACUUCGAACUUCAGGCAUUUCAUCAAGCUGUGUGAGAUCAUACAAAAAAUCAUCAUGCGAUUGUACAAUGGUCGGGUCACGCGAAUUCGCAGUCAUAAUUUCGUAGAUACAAUGAAGCAUCGGUUGACGGAGUGGAUGGACCAGUUGCCAGCAGGGCUCAAAUUGGAUGUCAAUGCUUUGCCAGAGCAUUGUCCACCACCUCACAUCUUCUCGACCAAGAUAUACCUGCCUAAUGCCGUGCCAGUCCGGACUGCUGCAUCACCCAGUAUCACAGCAUCAGCGGCAGUGACGUGCACCAGAAUGGCAGAGGAGCUUCAUCAGCUGUUCUUAUUGUACUCCAAAACUUUCAAAUUGCGUAACAUGACUUAUACCUUGACCUGGUCUAUGUACUCCGCGGCAACUAUCAACGCGAUCGAUUUCCAGUCAACGGAUCCAGCUGUAGCUGCUGCUGCGAGCCCUAGGCUGAGCAUGUCUUUGCAUGUUCUUGAGCGCGGUAGCUUACAGACUCCCGGCACCCAGAGGUCCAUCGAGAUCAUCAAGCAGCGUUUGCGCACACCUGCUAUACGUCCGGUGAAACGUCAGGGAGAGAAUCUAAGUGACAGUGAUCGAACUAAGCGUCUAUCACUGCUCAGUCCUCCUCCGAUAAACUCAGCACAAUCUCAAGACAUCCAAGCGCCAGACCUGAUUCAAAAUGAGCCGCAGACCGCUAGUACUCAAUCCUCCACCGAAUUCGAUCUAGUCAGUAUCCUAGGCGCAAGUGCGACAACAUCCAAUCCCCCACAGACAGACGAAGAAGAUGAUAUGAACAAUAUGUGGACCGCGUUGAUACAAAAUGGAUCAAACGGUGCUGGUAACAUGGAUUUAUUACAGGGUAUGAUGGCCAUGCCUUCAGUAGUUGCUGCUCCGAAUCAGUACACGACAUAUCCUGACUGGUCCUCAGAUUGGUGGAAUCAGACAGAUUCCUGA